AUGCAGCCUCUAAACCUGCCGCAACUUGUAUUGUCCACCUUCAAUGAAGCCCGUAAUGGGUUGUCCUUUCAACAGAUUUCAUUUUUGACCUUUCAGGCAGUUGUUCAAGUUUUCAUAAUUUGUUUGGCUGGUUAUUGGGCUGCUAGCUCAAAGUUAUUGACCAAUGAGGGCACCAAGGUGAUUUCCAAAUUAAAUGUUGAUUUAUUCACACCGGCACUUAUUUUCUCUAAACUUGCAAGUUCAUUGAGUUUGAAGAAAUUAUUGGAAGUUAUACUGAUUCCAUUGCUUUAUGCUAUAACAACAUUAAUUUCAUACUUAUCAUCCCUCUUAGUCUCGAAAUGGCUAGAAUUGACAGAACCAGAAUCUAAUUUUGUUACUGCAAUGUCGGUGUUUGGUAAUUCGAAUUCUUUACCUGUCUCUUUAACAUUAGCCUUGGCAUAUUCUCUACCGGAUUUAGAAUGGGACGAUAUUGAAGAUGAUAAUCCUGAUAAAAUUGCGUCGAGAGGGUUGAUUUAUUUACUUAUUUUUCAACAAUUAGGUCAAAUGUUAAGAUGGUCAUGGGGGUAUAACAAGCUAUUACAAAGACAGCCAGACCAUGUUAUCUUUUAUGAUACUCAUAGAGAUGUUGAAGAUGUUGAAGAUUCAAAUCUAGUUACCGAUGAAGACUACUUAGAGAGUGGGGAUAUAAACAGCCAUGAUGACGUUGUAUUGUCCAAUGAAGAUGGUUUAUUGAUUGCAAACAAUGAAGAUAAAUUAGAUUUAGAGCCAUUGUACAAGAGGAUUGCCCAAAAAGUUUAUGGAUGGAUGAAUCCUCCACUAUGGUCUAUGUUACUAGCUAUAAUAGUUGCAUCAAUACCUAAAUUGAAGGGCGAGUUUUAUGAAUAUAAUGGAUUUAUCCAACAUACAUUAUCAAGUUCAAUCCAACAAUUAGGACUUGUAUCGAUUCCCCUUAUAUUGGUUGUUCUUGGUGCUAAUUUGGCACCAAGUAGUGAUAUACCUCCAGCAUGUCCACAUUAUAAGCGUAUGAUUAUUGGUUCUUUACUUGGUCGAAUGGUACUCCCGUCAUUUAUCUUGUUGCCUAUUAUUGUCUUGUGCGUCAAAUUCAUUGGAUUGAGUAUAAUGCAAGACCCAAUUUUCCUUAUAACGAGUUUCCUCUUGAUAACGUCUCCACCGGCAAUCCAGCUCUCUCAGAUUUGCCAGUUGAACGAGUUGUACCAGAAGGAAAUGGCCGGCGUAUUGUUUUACGGGUACGCGGUCUUGACUCUUCCAGUCACCAUUAUAGUUGUGGUUACAAGUAUAGAAGCUAUGAAAUGGGCCCAACAAACAUAA